AUGACGUCUACCUCUUCUCCGUUUCCUUUGUUUUGUCUUCCUCAUGUUGUAUUAUCAGAAGUAUUCAACUCAACGACUCCUGAUGAAAUAAUACGAAUCUCCCUGUGCUCGAAAAAAGCUGCCCGAGUCAUAAAGUAUACUUCUAGCCAAUGGAAAAAAAGAAAAGAUUUGGAAUUGAUUUUGCAAGAAACCCAACCAUCCGUUGUGAAAUAUAAGGAGUUCUCACUUCUAUCGGUCUCUCAUAUUUCUAAAGCAGACAAUCAGAGAUAUCUAGAGAAUUUGAAGAUUGGGAAGUCAAUUGUUCCAGCGAACACAUAA